AUGCUCAUCGUGCUGGAACACCCGGUCGAGGCAUUUGAUCCACCUGGACCCGUUGACGAAGAGGCCACCACCCAGGCUGAAGCCAACAAAGCAUUCGAGUACGUGCGCAAGAUCGUCAGAGCUAAGGAUCAUCCCAAGGAGUUUAGCACCGUCCAGAUGACGGAACAACAAUACCAAUCUGCACAACGCUAUUAUGUUCGAGUCAAAGAGGCGCGUACCGUGCAAUCCAGUGCACACAGCGUUCCAUUUCAUUCUACGAGUGCAGUCAAAUUAACCCUACGAACAACAGAUAAAAAGCUCAAGGAAGGUCUCAAAGAGUUGAAAAAAGAGUUAGAGGAGUUUGAAGAGACGAUGGUUCAGUACUGUGAUCGCCUGGAUGAGGUGGUGAAGCAACACAGACAGGGUUACCAGGAGAUGACAAAUGACCUUGUCAAGCUCUGUGAGUUCAUUAACAACAACGCAGUCUUCAAACGGCCUAGUCAGCGGAGUGACUGA